AUGGCUAUUGAAGGUAAAGUAAAGUCGCUCAGUAAGGGUGAGGCUAAAGAAGCCGGUGAUCCUUUUCAUGAGGGUAAUGAUGAUAUCCCGGGAGAGCCAAGGCAGCUGCCAGCGCUACAGCGGAAGCUAAAGAGCCGACACCUGCAAAUGAUUGCAAUUGGUAAGCAUAGACUCCAUUUCGAUUCUGCAUCUUCAAUCACUCACUUCCCCACAGGUGGCACAAUUGGUACUGGUCUGUUCAUUGGAAGCGGAACAGCUCUGGCAAAUGCUGGACCUGUUGGUGCAUUGAUCGCAUAUGCUUUCAUCGGCUCCAUCGUUUUUUCAGUGAUGACCUCUCUGGGAGAAGUAGCAACUUAUCUGCCAGUCGCAGGAGCAUUCACCUCCUAUGCAACGCGACUGGUUGAUCCCAGUCUCGGCUUUGCCAUGGGCUGGAUAUAUUGGUUUUCCUGGGCAAUCACUUUUGCUCUUGAACUCACAGCCACAGGUCUAAUCAUCCAAUACUGGGAUCCUACUAUCCAGAUCUCGAUCUUCAUCGGAGUAUUUUGGGUACUAAUCACCGCACUCAACUUCCUUCCAGUCAACUUCUAUGGCGAGCUCGAGUUCUGGUUCUCGAGUAUCAAGAUAUUGACGGUAAUCGGCUUUAUGAUAUUUGCUAUUUGCGUCGACGCUGGCGUUGGUCAACAAGGAUAUCUCGGGUUUCACAAUUGGGUGCACCCUGGUCCUUUUGCCGAUUACCUAGUAACACCAGGGCCAACGGCCAAAUUCGUCGGCUUCUGGGCUGUUCUCAUCCAAGCUGGGUUUUCAUGCCAAGGUACCGAGCUGGUUGGUCUUGCUGCGGGCGAGAGUGAAAACCCACGAGAGACUGUGCCCAAGGCAAUUCGGACGACUUUUAUCCGUAUCAUUCUUUUCUACGUUCUCUCCGUGUUCUUCAUUGGUCUACUGGUACCCUCUGAUAAUAAGGAACUCCUUACGGGCACAACAAAUGCAGCAGCAUCGCCCUUUGUCAUUGCGGCGAAGUUGGCCGGGAUCAAGAUCUUGCCUAGUCUCAUCAAUGCUGUCCUUUUGGUUGUGGUUCUAUCCGCUGCCAAUGCGAAUAUCUAUAGUGGUAGUAGGAUGUUGAUCGGACUCGCGCAAGAACGAUUUGCGCCUGCGUUUUUUACCAAGACUACGAAAGGAGGCGUGCCUUAUUAUGGAGUAGCUGCUACCGCAGCAUUUGGUCUACUGGGGUUCCUGAACGUUUCCAACUCCGGGUCUACUGUUUUCAACUGGCUGCUCAACAUUACUACAGUUGCAGGCUUUAUUCUCUGGGCGUCUCUCAACGUCUGUCACAUCGCGUUUAUGCGUGCUCUGAAAGCUCGUAAGAUGUCUCGAGACUUACUGCCUUACAAGGCGCCGCUUCAGCCUUUCCUCGCAUAUUACGGACUCUUUUUCAACAUUCUCAUCAUGUUAACGCAAGGCUUCACCGCGUGGAUCCCUACAUUCAAUGUGGAGAGCUUUUUCGUCGCAUAUAUUAGCCUUAUUCUCUUCGCCAUCCUAUACGUUGGCCACAAGCUGAUGUUCCGUGACAGCUUCGUCUCUCCCAUGCAAGCCGAUCUUGACACUGGACGUCUUGAGAUUGAAAGUGAAUACUGGGAGACAACGGUGCCUACUACAUGGUAUGGCAAAUUAUGGUUUUGGAUUACUGGUUGA